UCACAAACACACAGCUUCAUCCAAACUCAAUAACCCAAAGACUACACCUUUCUCCGUCAAGAAAUCAAAAGCCUACUGAUCGAUUAGCCAUGUUUCUCGAGUUGUUAGCCUUCUUUCCCCUUUUCCUCCUCCCUUUGCUCUUCUUCAUCCUCAAGCCUUUCGGCGACUCCAAAACCAGUAAUAACAGCAAGCUCCCCAAAUCAUACCCAAUAAUCGGAUCCUUCCCGGCCAUCUACAAAAACUAUGCCAAUAGACUCCCGUGGUUCACUGACCUUGUCAAAACCUCGUCCACAUCCACUAUUACCAUGCACCAUUCUCUCGGCAACCGCUUCGUCGUCACCGCCAACCCGGCCGUGGUCCAGCACAUCCUCAAGACCAAGUUCCACGUCUACCAAAAGGGCGAGUCCUUCCGUACAACUCUCCAGGACCUCCUCGGCGACGGCAUUUUCAACGCCGACGGUGACAAUUGGAAGUUCCAGAGGCAGCUCUCCAGCCACGAAUUCAACACCAAGUCAUUGAGGAAGUUCGUCGAACAAGUAGUUGACACUGAGCUUUACGACAGGCUCAUCCCUAUUCUAUCCAAAUCUUCUAACGAGCGAACUGUUCUUGAUUUCCAAGACAUUCUUCAGCGAUUCGCUUUCGACAACAUUUGCAGGAUAGGGUUUGGAUACGACCCCGAGUAUCUCCUUCCUUCUCUGCCGCAAGCGAAAUUCGCAGUGGCGUUCGACGAUGCAGUCCAGAUCAGCGGCGACAGGUUCACUUCCAUGCGUCCGGUGUGGAAGAUCAAGCGAGCUUUCGGUAUCGGAUCCGAAAGCCAUCUCCGCCGUGUGGUCUCCGACGUCCGUGAGUUCGCAAACACCAUCGUCAGGCAAAAGAAGCGCGAAAUGGACGAGAUGAAGACUAUGGAGUCUCACGAUUUGCUGUCUCGGUUCUUGAGCUCCGGCCACUCGGACGAGAAAUUUGUCACAGAUAUGGUCAUCAGUUUUACCCUCGCCGGUAGAGACACGACCUCCGCGGCGCUGACAUGGUUCUUCUGGCUAGUCGCGAACCACCCAAGCGUGGAGAGCGAAAUUCUCAAGGAGAUCAAUGAGAAAGUAGAGACCGGAGCAGGAUACGACGAAGCCAAGGACAUGGUGUAUACACACGCGGCUCUCUGCGAGAGCAUGAGGUUGUACCCUCCGGUUCCGACGGACAGCAAAGAGGCGGUAGAGGAGGACGUUUUGCCGGACGGGACUAAAGUGAAGAAGGGGAUGACAGUGACGUACCACGUGUACGCAAUGGGGCGAAUGGAGCAGAUUUGGGGCGAGGAUUGGGCCGAGUUCCGACCCGAGAGGUGGUUGGAGCGUGACGUGGCGGCGGACAAGUGGAAGUUCGUGGGGAAAGACUCGUUUAGCUACCCGGUGUUUCAGGCGGGGCCGAGGAUUUGUUUAGGGAAGGAGAUGGCGUUUUUGCAGAUGAAGAGGGUGGUGGGUGGGGUUUUGAAGAGGUUUAAGGUUGUGUCGGAGAAGCGGGAGAAUGGGAAGGAGCCGGAGUUUGUUGCUUCCCUUACCGCCAAAAUGAAAGGUGGGUUUCCGGUGACUGUUAUCGAGAGGGCAUAGGCAAUUUUAGUGUGUGUGUCUGUACUCUGUACGUACGUUUAGCUCCUGAAGAUGGAAAAUUCUACUGUGCCGGAGGGCAUAGCAUGCCUGCUGGAAACAUAUACAGAAUUUGCAACCAACCCCUGCUGAAACCCCCAAACUUUGCAGAGAGAAGCAAGAAGAAAAAUAUUUUUUUUCUUAAAUUUUAUUACCUUUGUUUUUGCGAGAGUUGGCAGAGUUAGAGGGAUGAUGGGAGAGUGAUAAUGUGUCGCAUGUUUGGCACUGAGUUUUUGGGCAUAGCAGAUUUGCUUCCCCAUUCUGGUGCCUUGUGGGUCUGAUUUUCUUUUUUCCAUUUUUGCUUCCGCGAUUCUCAUAUUCUUUCUGUCUUGUGGUUUCCCAAAUUACAAACCCAUUUUUAUCAAAUACAAAACAACCAAUACAGAAACCAACCCCAUAACCCCAGCUUUCUCUACCUCUCCAUUGCUCCCCGAUCACAAUCCCCAAAACCCAUCAAUUUUGAUCUUCUAGGUUUCUUUGAUUUUCGGUAAAGGUUGAAUCUUUGGGGCUAGCUAGGGUUUGUUUCUGAUGAGUUCCAAUACGGCGCCGUCUAGCUCAGCAGCUGCUGGAUCUGCCGAUUCAACUGUUACCCGAAGGUCCAAGUGCCCCAAAUAUUCAAGAUUGACUCAGCAGGAACUUCCAGCAUACAAGCCAAUUCUCACACCUCUCCAAUUUCAAAGAGUCGGCAUCGCUGUUGCUCUCUAGGAUCGAUUUGCAAUCCAUUGGCACCGAUUCGGUACUCCUCUCUCUCAUACAGCUUUGUGUGACUUCUCCUUCCCAGCGCCAUCUUCGGCAGUCCGUUUGUGCAUCAUUUUCUCUAGUGGACAUUUCGUCGAAUAGCUGUUGUGCAUCCAUUAAUCCAAGUCUCUGUGGAACUCGGUAAUUCUAAAUCGUCUCCACUGCCUUAGUGAACAUGAUUUAUUAUUCAUGGUGUUGUUCAUGUGUUGAUUUAGUCAAAUUGGAAGAAUUGAUGGAAUUGACUAUCUUCAACGAUAAUUGUUGCUAUCUGAUUAAUAAUCGAGUUUCUCUGUUAUGUUGCCUUCGAUGAUAUCUGUGUUCUUGAUGUUUCUGAGUUGUCUCAUCAACUAGAAUCUUUGCCACGUUACACUGCUACGUGAUGAAAAUUUUGGAGUCAUAAGGUUGAUUUGUUGUGGUUUGGCCCGACAUAUUCAAUUGCCCACAGUCUUGUCCAUCUUUGAUUCUUUUUAGCCUAUUAUUCCUUUCUUAUUCUCUACAAUUUCCAUUGAACCAAAAUUGUGUACAAUUACCAAUGAAAUUUUUACCAAAUCUGGUCUUGUUAUCCUUGAAGCUUCACUUUCACUCUGUUUGUACAAUUACUUUUCAAACAACUUUGUACAAUUACCAGUGGCAUCACCUGUUUUCUUUUAUCCUUUGGAUUCCUGUUUAAUUUCAGUCUUUGCUUCUAUUCAAUUACGAUACAAAAAGAAUCAUUAAGUCCAAAAUCUAUUCACUUACUUUCUAAACCAAAUUUUGAAAAAGAGCACUACUAUUCGUUUUUGCCUUCUGCAUUUUUGUUUU